AUGGGAACAUUCACUGAUUUAGAACGGAGUGGCCUCAGAAUUACUCCUGAAUUGCACCUAGAACUACUCAAAGCACAAGAGAAAGUCCUUCGAGAAGUUAAACGAACUUGGUUUUUUCAAUAUCUGGAAAUCGAAAUGUACGAGAGCGGCACGAUCAAAAGUAUACGAAGAGGUUUAGAUUGGAAAGGAGUGAUAUCGAUUGGUGCUGUCACUCUGUUAUUUGGUGUUGCCAUUUAUAUUAUUGGUCCACCGGCUGUUGUUAAGGUAGCGAAACAUAUGCUGAGCAUGGCGGCGACAACGUCGAGAAUAGCAACUGUACUGCCAUGA